GGCUGACCAUCUACGUUCCUUCUCCUGGGCCUGGACAGCAUGCCCCUCCCCAGCCAGAUGAUCAGGGCUGGUCCAGAGAGCAGGAAAAAGCUGAGGACAUGCCAAGUUUUCGGAGGGUUUUCAAGACAGAGGUCCUUGUGUCCACAGCCUUAAGCCGCGUAGCCCAGGCUGCAGUGACACUGCUUUCUGACCCAGGCAUUGCAGCCAGAAGCAGCAGUAUGGGGUUUGGGGGCACCUACCUGCUUUUCUGCCUCUUCUCCAUCUUGUCCCAGGUCACUACAGAGUCACCCACCCCAAAGACCAAGAAGGCUACAAAUGUCAAGAAAGAUGCGGUGAGCCCAAAGAUGUUUGAGGAGCUCAAGAGCAGGCUGGACAGCCUGGCCCAGGAGGUGGCCCUGCUGAAGGAGCAGCAGGCCUUACAGACUGUGUGCCUGAAGGGCACCAAGGUCAACUUGAAGUGCUUCCUGGCCUUCACCCAGCCGAAGACCUUCCACGAGGCCAGCGAGGACUGCAUCUCGCGUGGUGGCACGCUGGGCACGCCGCAGUCAGGACUAGAGAACGAGGCACUGUUCGAGUAUGCGCGCCAGAGCGCAGGUAGCGAGGUGGAGAUCUGGAUGGGCCUCAACGAUAUGGCGUCGGAAGGCGCCUGGGUGGAUAUGACCGGCGGCCGCCUGGCCUACAAGAAUUGGGAGACGGAGAUCACCGCGCAGCCUGACGGCGGCAAAGCCGAGAACUGCGCUGCCCUGGCCGUAGCGGCCAACGGCAAGUGGUUCGACAAGCGAUGCCGUGACCAGUUGCCCUACAUCUGCCAGUUUGCCAUCGUGUAGGCUGGCCCUGAGCGAAGGGGCGAAGGGGCGAGGCCUGAGCCAGGGAGGGGUGAGGACCAUAAAGAGGCGGGGCUGUUGGUGGGUGGGGCUUAUGGGUUGCUAAGGGGCGGGUCAUCGGUGGGCGGAGUCGAACUUCAGUGAGCCGGGAGUGUGUGGUGGUGGUUCCAGGGGAGAAAAAAGCUGAUGUGGGCCUUGAGAGGGGCGUGGAGACCUUUCUGUCUCGGGUUCCUCCUUGCCUGGUUUUUGCAAAUAAAGUUGGUUCAGAAUCCCUGAAGUUGGGUGGUCGCCAGGUCAGGGUGGGGAGAAGAUUCCAGGAGUCUGGCUCCAAACCCAGGAAAGCCUUAGUCACAUUUCCAGACUACUUUUUGCAGAGGCCACUUCCCUCUCUUAGAAUACGAUACACACUCCAAUUCUGGCUGGUGUGUUUGGGGGUACUAUGCUUUUUCUUGUUGGGAUCCAUCUGGGGAUGCCCGGACAUGCAGAGGCCUGCUGUGGGGUAAAGUAUGAGUGGGUUGCCAAGACUUCCCAGGUAGAUUCCUAUUUGCCUCUAUCCUCAUCCCAGGGGGUCCGGGAGCCAAAUAUGACAGUGGCCUGGCUAGUGUGUUCCUUUUCCUUCCUCUCCUUACAGCCAGUCAGCCAACUGGGAUUCCACAUUGUUCCAUGUCAGCACAGAGCAUCUCUGAGCCCACCAUAUUGCAGGAACUUUAAAUAUACAGUCUGGUUUAGCUUUAUCCACCCAGGACAAUAUGUGUUACUAUGUCUUACAAUAAGGAAGUGCCAACACGGAAUCUCAGUGGCUCCUGCUAAUGGAGAUCUAGUGAUUGCAAAGCCAGGGUUCAACCUUGGACUGAUCCCCCAGGCCUGGACCUUCCUGCCACUAUUACUUACUGGUCUCACAUGACUAGAACUCUCCAAAGAUGAAACAUAAGUAGCCUGGUGCCUCCCUUUCCCCAAAUGGCUAUUGACUAGCUUCUAGUGUGAUAUGGCCUAUGGACCCCUGUGGACCCAGCUCACACGUUCUUCUAACCGCCUUAGCACAGCCAUUAAUUCCCCAGAGGGACUUUCCCAGCACCUCUGCUUCUGGAUAGUCCCACAGUUCCUUGCCAUCAGUUCCAACCUGAUGACAGAGCGAUUUGAUUGACGGGGAUGGGAGGCAGCUUGUAGUGUGCUCCACUGCCAGGCUUCCUGUCACUGGCACAGCAUUGUGUGGAAUGAGAGCCAUAGGUGUUAGUGUGGGAACACUCAAGAGUGAGGCGUGUGCUCAGGAUAGUCAGCCAGCAGGGCAACUGACACUGAGAGCUCUGAUUCCUAAUAGUCCUGGUCAGAUUUCCUUAAUAGUAUGCUGUUCCCGAGAAGCUGUGGGUCCUGGUAGAAAGGCAACCUGGGCAGGCAAUAAACAUUGCCUUCUUCCAUCAGAAGAUGGCAGUGUGGGAAGAGAAUGAUUUCCUGUUCCUCAUCUGCCUGGAAUGUUCUUGAGUUUAGAGCACCUACACACUGCAAACUGGGUCUACCUGUCCUCCUGGCCCUGGUUUUUUUUUUAAGAAAAAAAUCUCAUUGUGUUGUCCCGAUGGACUUUGGCUUUGAGCUUCAGAGUUCGUUCACAAAAUCCUCCUGCCUCAAAAGGCCAACUCUUCAUCACAUCCUGAUCUUUCCAUGCAUAGUAUGUUGCUCUAGGGUAUGAAAAACUCUAGGAUGGAAAUCUGAGGGACACUUUGAAAUAGGGGUCGAGUUCAUGAAAGACUCACUAAGAUUCAUUUUGCUAAUUUAGGUUUUUAUUAUUAUUAUUAUUAUUAUUAUUAUUAUUUUAGUUUUUCAAGAUGGGUUUCUCUGUCCUGGAACUCACUCUGUAGACCAUUGCUGUCCUGGAACUAACAGAGCUCUGCCUGUUAGCUCUGCCUCCUGGGUGCUAUGAUUAAAGGCGUGUGCCACCACUGCCCAGCUAAUUUAGUACUUUUCAAUCCUUUGCCUUCAGUAUCCUUUGCAAAGAGCCUAAGUUUUGAACUGAUCACUAUGCAAGAUACUUUCCAAUGAUUAAAAAACACUUUUAACCUGUACCUUAGAAGUCCAAGCAUGAUCUCUCAACACUUUUGUUAUGAAUUAUUGUGCAGGGGGGAGAGACCCCCAAGGGUAUCUCCAUCGUGCAGGGAAACAUGCUAGGCAGAUGCACACCAUAUGGGCAUGGUGGCGGUGGCCAAUAAUUCACAGCCCAGAUGCUGCAUCCAUGCGGAGAGUUUAUUAAUAAUAGAGAAAUGAAGAGAAAGAUAGGAAAGAGAGAGACAGAGAAAGAGAGAAAAGAGAGAGAGAGGGGGUUCACACCUCAUGGGAAAAGAAGCGGAAGAGAGAAAGGAAGGAGAGGAGUUUUUCCUUAGAAUGAGGCUUUUACAUCAGGACACAGGGAGGCACCAAGGAGUGGGAUUUCAAGGGGCGGAUCAGAAUAUUAACAACUAUAACAAAACUCCUUCCAGUCCACCAGCUUACCCAUCUGAACAGUUUCAUUUUACAAGUCUAUUUUUAUUUUAUUUUUAAAAUUGUGUCUGUACAUGCAAAUGAAUGCCAUGGAGAUUAGAGGUACCAGAUCUCUCUGGAGCAGAAUUUACAGGUAAUACUGAGCCAUGUGAUAUGGGUGCUGGGAUUUGAACUACAAGAGCAAUAUGUGCUUCUAACUACUGAGCCAUCUCUCCAACUCCCCAUUUUACAACUCUAAAAGUAGACAAUAGAAAUAAUGUUGGCGCCAAGUUCCGCUCCAUUCUAGCCAUUAAAACAAUAAUACUCGUCUGAACCAGGAAGAUGGUGUAACAAAUAAAAGUGGUUUCUAUACAAACCUGAGGAUCUGAGUUUGAUCCCUGUGUCCCAUGUGGAAGGAGAGAGCCAGCUCCCCAGAGCUGUCCUCUGGCCUCCACACAUAUUAUUUAUGCCUGUAAUCCCAGUCAUUUGAGGCUGAGGCAGGAGGAAUACUGAGCAUUCAAGGUCAGCCUAGGCUGAGAUGUAGACCCUAUCUCAAAAAAACCAAAACGAACAAAAACUGCUGGGCAUUGUGGCACACGCCUUCAAUCCCAGCACUUUCGAAGCAGAGGCAGGCAGAUCUCUCUGAGUUCCAGGACAGCCAGGGCUACAUAGAAAGAAAAACAAAUACAACAACAAUAACAACAAGCCUCAAAAACCCUACCAAGGAUCCCCUACCCCUUUAUCUGAUUGAGAAUAUCGUAUUUGUUGGGGCUCGGUGAUACAAUGAUUGCUUAGCAUGCAUAAGACUUGGGUUUAAGUUCCAACAAAACACCUACACACACAAAAUAAGUAAAUGAAAAAUUUCAAAAGGGGGGUGACAGCACUUGGUGUUGGUAUGUGUUUGUGUGUUUGUGAUUAGGAGUGCAUAACUGUGUAAAAAUACAAUUCCAUUCACUGUUUUUAGGGUUAUUUCUGAGGUUUGAUGUCAGAUUAGUCCUCACGGGCUUUUCAUGAGGCCGUGGCUCACAUAAGAACAUGGUUUAUCAAUUAAGUUGGAAGUCCUGGCCCAACACUCAGAACACCUCCCUCCUCCAGUAAAAAGCACUGUUGUUUUAUGUUCUGUGAACACACAGCUGAGAUAAUACAAUCUUAAAAUGAAAUUGCCACAGGGGAGGUUAAGCUAAGGUCUCACAGCUAGCUGAAGAUGAACUCUGAGAGUUUCUGUCCCCUGUAGCAAGCAGCUGGUGCGAAGUACUUUUGUAAGCAGCCCACUAGCCUAGACCUGGGUCCUUCUAUAGGACUGCUGGGAUUAAAGGCAUGUGCCACCACUGCCUGGACAACUAUACUUUUAAAAAAUAUCUCCAGGUCAUACUUUCUAGGUAGAACAAUUUGGGGGUAUUAGUACUCUAGAAUGUUCUCUCAGUGUUUCUAGCCAGUAUUUAUGAGGAACAUUUCUAUUGACAGUUGACAAAACUCAGAUUCUAAGUAAAGAAAGUUCAAAUCACAUUCCAAACUUGGCUGACAGGAUGGCAGGACAGGUGUGGGCAUGUCUCCCUUGGAUGUCAAUGUGUUCAAAGUAUUUUGCUUGGCAUCAGGCUCAAAGUACAAUCCUUUUGACAAUUGUUUCUGUAAGGGUGGGAAGGUUUGUCAUUUAAAUAGGAAAGAGGUUGUGAUUCUGCAGGCACCAAGACUUCUGGGUUUUCGAUAAAACUGAAUAGAAGUUGUCAUUCUUUAGGCAGCCUGACUCCAACUGCUCUGUGUUAGGUCAGGGCUGUCUCUAUGUGCGAGUUCAUAUUGCAGAUGUCUACCCAGCAGAUCUGUCCAGAAUGUUCCUCACUUUUCCCACUGAGCACUCAAGAUGCCUGUACCACUGGCUUUCUUGCAUGAGCUUUAGAAAAUGCAGAGAUGAAAGCCCAAGAGGUCAGAGCUAAGAGCUAAAAACCUUACCCUUCAUUGCUGCUGCUGUCCUCUUCAGCAAAGAGAGCUACUUCCUGUCUGUUUGUCUUUUUUAUAGACUUUCUAUUCUGCCUUCUCAUUGGUUGUAAACCCAACCACAUGACCUCCUUGUCACUGCCUGUCUAUACAGACCUCCAGGUCUUCUAUGGUUGGUAUUGAGAUUAAAGGCGUGUGUCUCCAUGCUGGCUGUAUCCUUGAACACACAGAGAUCCGCCUAGCUCUGCCUCCCAAGAGCUGGGAUUAAAGGCAUGCACCACCACCGCCCAGCUUCUGCUAUGGCUUGCUAUUAGCUCUGACCCCAGGCAACUUUAUUUAUUAACAUGCAAAUAAAAUCACAUUUCAGUACAAAUAAAAUAUCACCUUAGGGAAGAGCUUCCUACCUGAGCACUGUUGCUGAGUGGACACUUAGGUGUGGGCCAUCAUGUGUGUGAAGGCUGUCACCAGUGUCCCUGAUUCUUCCCACCCAAACCAUCAGCACUUGCUCCAGUUGGGACAACUAUAUUGUCUGAAAACAUGGCCAAUGUGACCUGUGAUCCCAAAUCACCCCUGAUGAGAGCCACUGAGGUUGAAGAACUCCUGAAGCACUAGCCAAGACAAUACAUGAUUAAGAUUUCAAUUCUGUCCCUUGAUAUUCGUUAUCAGGAAAGCACAUCCCCACAUUAAAACUUAGGGUGUUCAAUGAAAGCUCUUAAGAAUCUCUCUUAUCAAGUCAGACAUGGUGGUACACACCUUUAAUCUCAGAAACUGGGAGGCAAAGGCAGAUCUCUGGGCUGGAGGUCAGUCUACAAGAGUUCCAUGACAGCCAGAGCUACACAGAGAAAACCUGUCUUGUAAGACCUCUUAUCCAGGAGCAGUAACCCUGUAAUCCCAUCAGUUGGAACAGACAUAGGAGGACUGUAAGUUAACCCUGUGUGUUACCCUGGGUGACAUAAAGACGCUUGUCUCAAAAAAUAAAAAAAUAAACAGUCCCAAGAAUUCA